GCAUUUGAAGAGAGAAUAACAAGGCAUUUCUCUCAACCUCUUCCUUUUGUAUAUAAAAUACACUUGUUUCCAUUCACACCUGCAUCCCCUCACAGAUAAAACUAGCUACCAUUUCUCUCAAGAAUCAUUACCAAAGGAAAUCACAAGAGCAAUUUCCAAGUCUUGUAUACAUCAUCUCUUAACAGUUCCUGUUUUUGAACAAAGAUUGGAAAAUAUGGAAGGUGGUGUUGCAUAUGAGAAUGAUCUAAACCUCAAGGCAACUGAGCUUAGACUGGGGUUGCCAGGGACGAGCUGUACUAAUGAAGAACAAGCAGUUUCUGGUGCUAGAAACAACAAACGACCAUUGCCAGAGACCAGAGAGGAGCGUGGAGCAAAAGGCAAAUCUGAUCCUCGACAUGAUGACCAAGAAACUGCCCCUGCUCCCAAGGCACAGAUAGUGGGCUGGCCACCAAUCAGAUCCUACCGGAAAAACACCCUGCAGCCAAAGAAAGAUGAAGCCGAGGCUGCAGCUGGGAUGUACGUUAAAGUAAGCAUGGAUGGAGCACCAUACCUUAGAAAGAUUGAUCUCAAGGUUUACAAGGGAUACCCUGAGCUCCUAAAGGCUUUAGAGAACAUGUUCAAGCUCACCAUAGGUGAGUACUCUGAAAGGGAAGGCUACAAAGGAUCAGAAUAUGCACCUACUUAUGAGGACAAAGAUGGUGACUGGAUGCUGAUUGGAGAUGUUCCAUGGGAUAUGUUCCUGUCAUCCUGUAAGAAAUUGAGAAUCAUUAAAGGAUCAGAAGCAAGAGGUUAAUUUGGGUUGUGAUGUUUGAAAAACCCACAGGCCAUGUUAACCCACAGGAUCAGGGAGAAGAGAAGAUUCAUCCCUUGAGAAAAUCUUUCAGCUUGGGUUCUCCAGGAAGAAAACUCAAAUCUGAAUCUGGGUCUCUCUCUUGACUGGGGUUUCUACAGAUGGCUGGAAGUUUUAUCCUAGGGUGUGGCAGCGAGAUACCUGGUUGUUUGGACAUCUAUGGUGUCAUUUUGUUGGUCCUUGAAUCUCACCAAACCAAAACUGGAUACAGGAAGUUAUUAUUGCUUCAAUGCAAUUAUGUAAAAUCAAAACAGAAGAAACAUAUGGAAAUUAAGACAGGGUCGUCCAUGUUUUUGCCAUGUAAUGUUCUCCAUACACCGCUAAAGCUAAAUACAAAAGUGUGUUUGACAGUUCUCUAACA